CUAGCCUCUCUCUAUAAACUUCUAACCAAACCCACAUCCAAUAAUCUCAUAUUCUCAACAAAGCACACAUAAUGGCCCCUGAAGUGCCUGUAGAUGUGUUCAAAGGCACAAAGAAGGUCUCUACUGCUCUUAACAACGGCUACUCUAAGGGGGCUUUCAUAACAUUUUUGGCUGGUAAUGGUGACUAUGUCAAGGGGGUUGUUUGUUUGGCAAAGGGUUUGCGCAAAGUCAAAAGUGCAUACCCUUUAGUGGUUGCAAUGUUACCUGACGUGCCUGAGGAGCAUCGUGAGAUCUUGAGGUCUCAAGGUUGCAUCCUCCGCGAGAUCGAGCCUAUUUACCCACCUGAGAAUGAAGUUCAAUUUGCUAUGGCUCACUUUGUCAUCAACUACUCCAAACUUCGUAUUUGGAAUUUUGAGGAGUACAAGAAGAUGAUAUAUUUGGAUGCUGAUAUUCAAGUGUUUGAAAACAUAGACCAUCUGUUUGACACACCAGACGGCUACUUCUAUGCCACCAUGGACUGUUUUUGCGAGAAGUUAUGGAGCCAAUCACUGCAAUUCAAAAUUGGGUACUGCCAACAGUGCCCUGACAGGGUACCAUGGCCUGUUGACAUGGGUUCUCCACCUCCCUUGUACUUUAAUGCUGGCAUGUUCGUUUUUAACCCUAGCCGUUCGACUUUUGACAAGUUUCUUGAGGUCCUCUAUGCCACUCCGGUUACACCCUUCGCAGAGCAAGAUUUCCUGAAUAUGUUCUUCGAAAAAGUGUACAAGCCCCUCCCUCUGGAAUUCAACCUUGUUCUUGCUAUGUUAUGGCAUCAUCCUGAGAACAUAGACAUUGAGAAAGUUAAGGUGGCUCACUAUUGUGCUACUGGAUCAAAACCAUGGAGGUACACUGGCAAGGAACUUUACAUGGACAGGGAGGACAUCAAGAUGUUGGUGAAAAAAUGGUGGGAUAUUUAUAACGAUGAAUCCCUUGAUUUUAAGGGUGAAAACCCAGUUUCAGAGGAAGAGACAUUCUCAAAGUCUUACAUUAUGGCUUCCAUGCCUGAGCCCACCAUUUCCUAUAUUCGUGCUCCCACUGCUGCUUGAGUGUUAACUAAUAAGAAGAGAGAACUGUUGGAAGUUAGUAUUUUCACAGAAAAUACAUAUAUGAAGCUGCUUAAUAUAUGUGACCUUAUUAAUAUUAUAAGAAGUAUCUCUACUUCUAGUUGAAACUUGAUUGUAUAUCAUGAACUUUUAUUAAGAGACUUUCAUGUAUUACAUGUAUAUUCUGAAUGUGAUGUAUAUGCAUGCAUCUCUCUCUCUUCCUUUCCAA